UACAGAUUGGUUAUGUUAGUUUUGAAUGAUUAAUACAAUCCACGUAGAUCACUGCGAGUUCUGUGUCUCAAUUGGGUCGUGUGAAUUAUUGGGAUCCUCUAAUGAGAUAUGUCCAAUUGUAAAGUGCCUUAAUCCAGAAUGCAGUCUGUUGAUGCACGAGUGCAAGCUGACGGACCAUAUCACCAUCUGCCUCUUCUCACAAGUGCCUUGUAUAAAUGCUCAGUAUGGCUGUGAGCUGUUGCUGAGCAAUUUUGAACGCGGCAAUCACUUAAAGACCUGUGUGGCAUCAACAGUAGUGUGUAGAGCCACUUUCUUUCGACAAGUUCUGAGAAAUUCGAACUUGGACGACGAGGGAUUCAUCAAGUCACUAAACAACGAGACUCUUCGUCAACCAGAUGGUCAACAAGGAUGUCUAGACUUAUAUACAGGUCUCUUUGCUCAUCAUUUGAACUUGACGGCAAACUCCUCUAGUAACAGCAGAACAUCAAAAGCAUCGCAGCAUGCAGAAAGUGACGACUCAAAUUUAGACCGACAAGCAGAGCGGACAAACUUGACCUUAACAAAUGACCAACUGAACAAAAGAUGUGUGACAUGUGUCAAACUGGGCAUUGUGUGUAUGUAUGAUCUGGAGCGCCAGAACCGCAAGCCCUUCUGGAUCGAAGCUCGCAGUCAUUUUGGCAGCAGAAGUGGCAACCAAAGCGACGAUCGACUGAUAUCUCCCGAUUUGUUCGACGGAGCUCGAGUCUAUUUUGAUGGGCUCUCUCAUUCGGGCUCCUGUGGUUCUCACUUCGCCUGCAACAGAACAGUGAGAAGAGACGAGUUCUCAUUCCACUACAUGUUUCUGCACAAUCUCCUGUUCGAGUUCCAGCCGCACAGAUGCCCACUCUGGAGAAAAGGCUGCACAUUUUCCCUGCCGCGCAUGAAUGAAGUCAACGGGCUAGGAGUUCACUUUUGUCCCAUCUCCAGAGGACCGACCGUCAGACUAAGUACUAUCAGUGGAAGCGAAGAUAAAACCACGAUAUCUCAUGGUCAAAGGAAUCAAUGGUUAAAGUUGCCUCAGCAUCUUUUGAUGGAAGUUCUGAAGAGUCUAGAUAGUUUGUCUCUUAAAUACUUGUCCCAGACUUGUCGUGAUUGGAGAUGGCGAGUGCUGGAGUUUGCAGAAUCGCGCAGUCGCGGAAUCGUGAACACCUAUUGGCUCCCCUGCAAGACUUAUGCCGACGGAGGAAUGGGAAAUAAUAAUAAUAACAAUGUGAAGGAGGAAUCUAUUUCAUGGAUUUUUUCAUACCAAUCGGUUUCGGAAAACAAUUGUGGCGAUCAAUACUCAUCACCGGAGUUUACAUUCUCUGACGAGUGUUUUCUUCCGACCACCGACAACCUCCAAUAUGAUUUGAAUUCAAAUAUUUUUGACUCGUAUCAAAUGUGCAACAGCGUUAGUUUGGUUAAUGGUCAAAUUAGCCGAUUUUGCAAUUAUACCGGCCACGAAAAUCUCGGGAAAAUGAGUGCACAUCUUCAAAGAUGUGCUCACAAUGAAGACCAACAAGGCUUCAAAGAGCACCAUUCUUACGACAUGGAAGGCAGGAUACCCCUCACUGCAAUGAUACAUGCAGCAAAAUCACAAGCAGUAAAUGAAUAAUUUUGCUUCGAAUGCAUAAUUUAUCAGCAGGAGUGCCUAAUUUAUAAACCUAGAUUACAUUUUUUAAUAAUUAAUUUCGCAAGCUAAGAAUAAUGCUACAAACAUAGAAAAUAGAAUAAAUUAAAAUGAAUUGACGAAUGAAAAAAUAAAAAUUUACUUGGUUUAACUUGAGAGCAAGUAGACGUUGUUUCGACGUUGCCUUGAAGUUUAUUUUGUCUCAAAACCGGAGAUAAUAUCUGAAGUGGCUGGUAAUAGUAGUAGAACGCACUUUUGCCAUGCCGGCGACUGUUCUUCAUUUAUUGGCCUUGAAAAUUAUCAAAACUCAGCUUUUGAAAAAAGAUCAAAGAUCAAGAUAAUAAAAUUCCAUUUUUGAAGCUAGAAGUCGAUCACGUUUUUAGUGACCUUUUCGCU